UAAUCAGUGAUUGAGUGAUUAUUGUAUUAUUAGAUAGUAUUAUCUAUUUAGUAAUAACCUUGCAGAGUGUAUAAAUACGCAUAAAUAUUAUGAUAAUACGUCUAGAAAAAUAACUGAAUACUCUGAAUCUCUGAAUAAUUAUAAUAUGAUAUUUUGAUAUCAAAUUUAUGUCUUAAGCAAAUUAAUUAUUGACUACUAGUUACGACUAUCUCAAGGUUCAAACUGAGACAACGAAGUUUUAGUUUUUUGAAUAAAUUGUAGUACUCAAAAAAAUGUUGAGAUCAGUUUUGAGGCAACUUUAUAGACAUAAGUCUUCAUCAGCUUCUGAAAAUAUUUUAACAACUAUCAAGUCGGAAAAUUCGUGUCGUAUAACUCUUUCAGAUCCUAAAACUAGAAAUACAUUAUCUAUUGUUGCACUUCAACAUUUAAUUGAAGAAAUAAAAAGUGCAGGGGAUGAUUUAUCUUUAAAAAGUAUAGUGAUAUGUGGAGAUGGGCCUGUYUUUUCGGCUGGUCACAACCUCAAGGAGCUUAGCAUACCAGAAAACCAGAAAUUUGUAUUCUCAUUAUCUACAAAACUUAUGAAUACAAUAAUAGAUUGUCCUAUACCUAUUAUAGCAUGUGUUGAUGGUAUAGCUGCAGCAUCAGGUUGUCAAUUAGUAGCAGCUUCAGAUAUGGCGAUUUGUUCAAAUCGCAGUUCUUUUUCAACACCUGGUGUAAACAUUGGUUUGUUUUGUUCUACUCCAGGAAUUCCACUAGCUAGAGCUGUGUCAAAAAAAACUGCCGCUUAUAUGUUAUUUACUGGUUCAUCAAUUAAUGCUGAAGAAGCCCUUAGAACUGGUCUUGUUAGUAAGGUUGUUCCGCCUGAAGUAUUAGAUGAUGAAAUUACCAAGKUGACGAUGUUAGUUGGUCAAAAAAGCCGUUCUGUAAUUUCUUUGGGAAAGAAAUUUUUUUACAGACAAAUCGAUGAAAAUAUUAAAUUGGCUUACAGGAAUGGAGAACAAACUAUGCUUGAUAAUUUAAAACUCGAUGAUUGCAAAGAAGGUUUACAGUCAUUUGUUGAAAAAAGAAAACCCAAUUGGUGAAAUUAAAAAUAAAUUCAAACUUUCUUAUA